AUAGACAUUUAUAUUUUACUAUGCUCAAAGGCUAUACUAUUAUCCUACAUUCACAUCAUGUUCAGACUAAUUAUUCUCUAUUACUUGUGUUGGGAAAGAGUCCUGAUGAUAAUUCCCCCUUUAAUAACAAAAACAACCAGUAAUAAAUAGUCCAAGGUUGUUGCUUUCACAAUAGAGUAGACUUGUCCAGCAGGUAGGGUUAGGGCUAGAUAGUUAUCUACUUUCCUCAAAGAGGAUUAGAUUCUGUGCUUGCAGCUUACCUGUUUUACCUCACAUAAGGACGAGAGAAAGGCAAGCCUGUCUGCAGUUGCCAUCUGGCAGAGCGUAGGGCUCACUCAAACUGCUGUAAAUGGAGGAUACGUUGGAACUGGACGUGCUUCUGUAUCCAGAUGGAUUGAGGAUCUCUACGCCUGAUGAUAUUGGGGAGUGGGAUCUUGAGACCGCGAGUCAGCUGUCUGUGCCCACUGCCCAACUCUUUGUGGCUCUUUUCCCAUAUAACCCUGCUGCCAUGUCUCCAAACCAUGAAACGGCAGGAGAGGAACUGCCCUUCGUGCCUGGACAAAUAAUCAAGGUGUUUGGAGAUAAAGAUAUGGAUGGGUUCUAUCAUGGGGAGUCUGGCGGCCUCUCUGGUUAUGUGCCUGGUAACAUGGUAGCUAAGAUCCCAGUGGAAGAUGACUACAUCAAGUACCUGCUCAUGCAGCAGGGUUUCCUGCCUGUGGACCAUACAGCAGGGAUAUCUUUCCCGUCCGAUGUCCACACGGUUCCCAGUAUCCCAGACAACGUGACUGUCCACAGAAUGGUGGCCCUCUUUGAGUAUGACCCCUGGGAAAGCUCCCCCAACAUGGACAGUGAAAAUGAGCUACCGUUCCGUGCUGGGGACAUCAUUUAUGUGAUCGGUGACAUGGAUCAAGAUGGAUUCUUCUAUGUGGGUGGCUACAUAGUUCACGCAAAAGGAAUAAUCAAUGAAUGUAAGGCUUCUCCCUGGCUAAUGACUAUUCCAUCCCAACUCAGGGUGACCUUCAUGGGCGGCGAGGUCUGGUGCCAUCAAACUAUCUGCAGCCAUUACCUUGGGAAUAGGAAGAGACACACGGUAGUCAUCCGAUUGUGUCAUGGAUCUUGCUGA